CUACGUCUCUUCUCUUUUAACUUUUUUUUUUCCGAUUACCUCCAAGACUAGUGGGGACAACGUUUACUUCCAUUAAGGGCCACUUUUGUGUUUUUUUUACCACGUAAAAAAAUGGCCAUUGACUCUGGAGUCAAUAUUUCAGAUGAUGUUGCACUUUAUGGGGGAAAAAGUGCCUUUACCCAACUGGAGCAUAACAUCGUGGCUGGAUAUCUUAUCACUGCAGGUGUCAUAAGUUUAUUAAGCAACAUUGUUGUGCUGCUCAUGUUUGUGAAGUUUAAGGAGCUUCGCACUGCUACCAACUUUAUUAUAAUCAAUCUGGCUCUUACUGACAUUGGAGUGGCCGGUAUUGGCUAUCCCAUGUCCGCGGCCUCAGACAUCCACGGCAGCUGGAAAUUUGGCUACGUAGGUUGUCAGAUCUAUGCAGCUCUGAACAUCUUCUUUGGCAUGGCCAGCAUCGGCCUGCUGACAGUGGUGGCCAUCGACCGAUACCUCACUAUCUGCAGACCAGACCUAGGGCAGAAAAUGACGAUGCGGUCAUAUAACCUUCUCAUCCUGGCGGCAUGGCUGAAUGCUGUGUUCUGGUCCUCCAUGCCCAUGGUGGGCUGGGCUGGCUAUGCACCCGACCCCAAAGGAGCUACAUGCACCAUCAACUGGAGAAAUAAUGACGCCUCUUUCAUCUCUUACACUAUGGCUGUGAUUGCUGUGAACUUUGUGUUGCCUCUGUCCGCCAUGUUUUACUGCUACUACAACGUGUCGGUGACUGUGAAGAGGUACAAAGCCAAUAACUGCCUGGACAGCGUCAACAUCGACUGGUCAGAUCAGAUAAACGUCACCAAGAUGUCCGUGGUAAUGAUCGUCAUGUUCCUGGUGGCCUGGUCUCCAUACUCCAUGGUCUGUCUCUGGGCCUCUUUCGGUGACCCCAAGACCAUCCCAACCGCCAUGGCUAUCAUUGCUCCACUCUUCGCCAAGUCCUCCACCUUUUACAACCCCUGCAUUUAUGUUAUUGCCAACAAAAAGUUCAGAAGAGCCAUCAUAGGGAUGCUUCGAUGUCAGACCAGGCAGCGAAUCACCAUCAAUACCCAGGUUCCCAUGACAACCUCCCAACAACCCCUGACCCAAUGAGGUGAAAUUAAGUUGAAUCAAAGUAGCCUAUCAUUAAAACCAUGUAUAGAAGAUUGCUUUGAUGGAUCAACAUAAAUUGGCAUCUGUGUUUUCCUCCCUAAUAAUCUAUCGCACUGUAGUGUUUACUGUGGCAUUGUAUUUAUUUAGUGUGUUCUACUUUCUUCAAUAACUAACUGACAAAUAAAUUCUUUCUGAGUUCUGCAUUCUUCAACUGCUUGACAGGAGCAUCCUCUUUGCUUGGAAAAGGCCAAAGAAAUACUUUACUUUUAUGUUCAUGUUUCAGAUACAGCGGUGCCACUUCUAAUCAGAUUCAAUAGGGUUUCAUUUAGUGACACGCUGACAUUGUCGCUCGCAUCAGAAUCUCAAGAAAGUUAAUUGGACAGGUAUGAAUUUGAACUAUGUACUGUCAGGCCAUGUAUUCUGAGACCCUGUUCACACCUGCCUUCGACAUGCGUUCCCACCUGGUAUUAAUUAGUAUGUGUCUGCAAGGGCUGCUGCACUCCCCUGCUCUAUAUGCAAAUAAACACGGAACAUCGUUUAUGGUUGCAAAGCAAAAAUGCAUUGUUGUUUUUCUCCAGUUUUUGUUUUGAAUGAUUUCAUUUACUUACGUGUGCCGAGCAAAUGAAGCUAUCAGUAGACUUAGUACAUAUUAUUUUAUGAACUGUGACACUGCAGACCACCUGUGUUUCACCAUCGAUAUUUGUCUUUCCCCCUCCCGAAAUCAGAGCCAACCCAAACCACCGAGGGGGGCCGCUUUUAUUUUAACAUGACAGAAAUACUUUUCAGCAAGGGUACUAAUGGCACCUCAAAUGCAAUAAGACAACUUUGCACAUUUCAGUGGUUUUUACUGGCUCUCUUGCAUGACACAUGCUUUAGGGAUGAUUGUAUCUUAAAGUGCUUUCAUAACUUUCAAUACAUUUUGACCGGAUAUUUCCUUAUUUGGAGGAACUUAUCAUCAUGUGGUCAUGUUGCAGUUUAAAUCCAUGCUUUUCCAAAAUGUCAUCAUUGUAUGUUUUUUUUUUUCAUAAGAAUAUCAAUUAUUGACCUAUCAAGUUGGUGUUUGUGCAGAAAUUUGAAGAAAUUCUCUCCAGGUUUUCCUGACGGUUUGAAUUUUUAAUACAAUGUGUAUAUAAUGUUGGGUUUUAAUAACUAUAACAAUGAUAUAACAAUGAAGACACAUAAACUAAUAAUUUUUUUGAAUAUUUAUCUGAAAAGUAGUGGUCAGGUGAACAAGGUAAAUUUCCCUAUGCAAUCUUGGGUUUGUAUAGUACUUUAAAGUAAAUGUAAUUUAUUAAUUUCCACCACUGACUACACAAAUAUUAAGGCAUUUAGUAGUAUAAUGGUCGCUGUUAUAUUAUUUAAGUAUUAUUAAAGCAAUAUCUGUCAUGA